AUGCCCAACGAUAAUGGCGUCACCUGGAAGAAGACUGAUAUCGACUCGCUUGAUUUGAAAGGACUGAAUGCAGUGGUCAUUGGUGGCACCGGUGGACUCGGAAGAGCCAUAACUCAACAGUUGGCCAGUCAUGGUGCGAAGGUGACCGUUGUGGGCCAAACUUUCAGAGAUGAGGGAGUCUCGGGCAUUGAUUUCGUCAAGGCUGAUCUGAGCUCCGUCAAGGUUGCUAAGCAAGUUGGAGGAGAGCUUCCCACACAAUCUCUUGACCUGGUGGUCUUGACCACGGGAAUUACGGCCGCACCAGAGCGAGAGCAGACAUCCGAAGGAGUUGAAAAAGACAUGGCAGCCAGUUAUUUUAGCAGAUACUCGUUGCUGAAGGAACUUGCUCCGAGGAUGCUUCCCCAGAGUCAUUUCUUCCGCAGCCACCCCAGAGUUUUCAUCAUGGGAUUUCCAGGAUCCGGUAAGACAGGCGAUCCGGAUGACUUGAACUCCGAAAGAUUACCUUAUAAGCCGCUUGAGACUCACUUCAACACUGUUGCUGCCAACGAGGCACUAGUAUUUGGAGCCAAGGCCAGGAUCCCCCAUCUCAAGUUCUUCGGGCUAAAUCCGGGGUUGAUUAAGACUAACAUCAGAAACAACUACCUCGGAGAAAAUUCGUGGAAAUCUUCAGCAAUUGAGUGGGUGAUUAGUUGGAUUUCUGCAUCUCCUGAAGAUUAUGCCAAAAAGAUCGUUCCUCUGCUGAUAUCUCCCGAUCUUUCCAAUUUCAAUGGAGCUAUCUUUGAUAAGAACGGUAAUGCCAUUGAGAAGACGCCUGUUUUCACUGAUGUCUACGUUGACAAAUUCUGGGAAGCUUCUGCAAAGUUGGAAUUGAAGGCUCUUGGAGACUCGAAAUGA